UUAACCUGGAAGAGUCUCACAUUGCCAUAUUGAAAAAUCAUGUGUCUGCACCAAUAUCAUACAUUGUAUCAGCACUAAGCCAAAUGGUUGAUGCUGGUCAAUCACAACAGCCACUUGGAUCAGCAUUAUCAUAUCAUGCUCCCUUGAUAACACCUACUGAACAACCUCAUCCCGAAGGAGCAGAUGUUUGUGGGCAGACAAAUUUUCCAAAGCCAUACAUGAUGCUUAACCUUGAGAGUACUGGACUUUGUGACAAACAACACAACUGGCAAGACCUUAAUGUAUCAUUUGAAAAUUGUGAGAUUGAACAAAGCACCAAAUGUCAGAGCAGCAGUGCAAGAUGGUUUGCAGAAAGGAAGGGACGAAUUACCGCCUCUAAUUUUGGUUCUAUCAUGAAUAGAAAAAAGGAAAUUAAUGACACAUUUGUUAGAAAUAGUUUUGACAAGAAGUCUUUUACAUCAGCACCAACUUCAUAUGGGCAGGCCAAUGAAAAAACUGCAAAACAAAUGUACAUAAAAAGUUCUGGAAACCAUAUACAUAAUGUUGGAUUAGUUGUAAAUCCCCUUUUCCCAUAUUUAGGUGCAACACCAGAUGCCAAAAUCUGUGAAAAAUCUUUGACAGGUAUUCUUGAAAUUAAGUGCCCCUAGUCAGUAAGAGAUUCUACUUUGCUGGAAGCUUGUGAAAAUCAAACAUUUUUUCUAGAAAUUUCAGGUUCAAAGUAUGUAUUAAAAAGGUCACAUUCUCAUUGGUUCCAAGUUCAAGGUCAGCUCUUGAUAACUGGAGCACCUUUUUGUGAUUUUGUUACAUUUACUAGACAAGAAAUUAAUGUUGAACGAAUUUAUCCAUGUAUUGAUACCAUGCUUUCACUGUUGAAAAAAAAUGAGUGAUGUGUAUGUCAAUCACUUUAAACCAUAUUUUGCAUUGAAAAAAUAAACUUAGCACUGC